GAAUACAGGGUGUUGAUCGGAGACGAGGGAGCCGGACCCUCAAAGUCUCCUUCUGAGGUUUCAUUUUCGGUUUGGUAUCGAAGCCGCGCGGCACGUCUUGUCAUUCUUUGUCUUGUCACGUCUUUCCUUGUCCCCUGUCUAACCUUUUUAAUUGCAGAAGCCGUCAUGGGCCAAACUGUAACUACCCCCUUGAGCCUCACCCUCGACCACUGGUCCGAGGUUCGGGCACGAGCCCAUAAUCAGGGUGUUGAAGUCCGGAAAAAGAAAUGGAUUACACUGUGUGAGGCCGAAUGGGUAAUGAUGAAUGUAGGUUGGCCCCGAGAAGGAACUUUCACCAUUGACAAUAUUUCACAGGUCGAGGAGAGAGUCUUCGCCCCGGGGCCAUAUGGACACCCAGAUCAAGUCCCUUAUAUUACCACGUGGAGAUCCCUGGCCACAGACCCCCCUCCAUGGGUUCGCCCGUUCCUGCCCCCUCCUAAGCAUCCCAGGACGGAUCCUCCCGCGCCACUUCCCCAGCCUCUUUCGCCGCAACCCUCAGCCCCCCCCAUCUCCUCCCUCUACCCCGUUCUCCCCAAACCAGACCCCCCCAAGGCGCCUGUAUUACCACCCGAUCCUCCUUCCCCUUUAAUUGAUCUCUUAACAGAAGAACCACCUCCCUAUCCUGGGGGUCACGGGCCAACACCGCCGUCAGGCCCCAGAACCCCAACUGCCUCCCCAAUUGCCAGCCGGCUGCGAGAACGACGAGAAAAUCCAGCUGAGGAAUCUCAAGCCCUCCCCUUAAGGGAAGGCCCUAACAACAGACCCCAGUACUGGCCAUUCUCGGCCUCUGACCUGUACAAUUGGAAAUUGCAUAACCCCCCUUUCUCCCAGGACCCAGUGGCCCUAACUAACCUAAUUGAGUCCAUUUUAGUGACGCAUCAGCCAACCUGGGACGAUUGCCAACAGCUCUUACAGACUCUCCUGAUGGCAGAGGAGAGACAAAGGGUCCUCCUUGAAGCCCGAAAGCAAGUUCCGGGCGAGGACGGACGGCCAACCCAGCUGCCCAAUGUCGUUGACGAGGCUUUCCCCUUGACCCGUCCCAACUGGGAUUUUGCUACGCCGGCAGGCACAUUUACGCGCCCUGCAGCUGGUCCAAGAAGAAAUCCAGAGACCUCUAGCGGCAGCCUACCGAGAAAAGCUCGAAACCCCGGUUGUGCCUCACCCCUUCAAACCAGGAGACUCCGUCUGGGUUCGGAGACAUCAAACCAAGAACCUCGAGCCACGGUGGAAGGGACCACAUAUCGUCCUCCUGACCACCCCCACGACCUUAAAAGUAGACGGAGUUGCUGCUUGGAUCCACGCCUCUCAUGUAAAGGCUGCAGGGCCAACCACCGAUCAGGACCCCUCAGACGACCCCAGCUCAGACGAUCUAUCAAGAUGGAAGGUCCAACGCACCCAAAACCCUCUAAAGAUAAGACUUUCUCGUGGGACCUAAUAAUUCUGGUGGGGGUCUUACUAAGACUAGACGCGGGAAUGGCCAAUCCUAGUCCGCACCAAGUGUAUAAUAUAACUUGGACAAUAACCAACCUUGUAACUGGAACAAAGGCUAAUGCCACCUCCAUGUUGGGAACCCUGACAGACACCUUCCCUACCAUAUAUUUUGACUUAUGUGAUAUAAUAGGAAAUACAUGGAACCCUUCAGAUCAGGAACCAUUCCCAGGGUACGGAUGUGAUCAGCCUAUGAGGAGGUGGCAGCAGAGAAACACAGCCUUUUAUGUCUGUCCAGGACAUGCCAACCGGAAGCAAUGUGGGGGGCCACAGGAUGGGUUCUGCGCCGUAUGGGGUUGCGAGACCACCGGGGAAACCUAUUGGAAACCCACCUCCUCCUGGGACUACAUCACAGUAAAAAAAGGGGUUACUCAGGGAAUAUAUCAAUGUAAUGGAGGUGGUUGGUGUGGGCCCUGUUACGAUAAAGCUGUUCACUCCUCGACAACGGGAGCUAGUGAAGGGGGCCGGUGCAACCCCUUGAUCUUGCAAUUUACCCAAAAGGGAAGACAAACGUCUUGGGAUGGACCUAAGUCAUGGGGGCUACGACUAUACCGUUCAGGAUAUGACCCUAUAGCCCUGUUCUCGGUAUCCCGGCAAGUAAUGACCAUUACGCCGCCUCAGGCCAUGGGACCAAAUCCAGUCCUGCCUGAUCAAAAACCCCCAUCCAGGCAAUCUCAAAUAGAGUCCCGAGUAAUACCUCACCAUCCCCAAGGCAACGGAGGCACCCCAGGUAUAACUCUUGUUAAUGCCUCCAUUGCCCCUCUAAGCACCCCUGUCACCCCCGCAAGUCCCAAACGUAUAGGGACAGGAAAUAGGUUAAUAAAUUUAGUGCAGGGGACAUAUCUAGCUUUAAAUGUCACUAACCCCAACAAAACUAAAGACUGUUGGCUCUGUCUAGUCUCCCGACCGCCCUACUAUGAAGGAAUUGCGGUAUUGGGCAAUUACAGCAACCAAACCAACCCCCCCCCAUCCUGCCUAUCCGACCCACAACAUAAACUAACUAUAUCAGAAGUGUCCGGGCAAGGUUUGUGCAUAGGGACUGUUCCUAAGACCCACCAAGCUUUGUGCAACAAGACACAAAAAGGACAUAAAGGGACUCACUAUCUAGCAGCCCCUAACGGUACCUACUGGGCAUGCAACACCGGGCUAACCCCAUGCAUCUCCAUGGCAGUGCUCAACUGGACCUCUGAUUUUUGUGUCCUGACCGAGUUAUGGCCCAGAGUAACUUACCAUGAGCCUGAGUAUAUCUAUUCCCACUUCGAAAAUAAGCCCCGGUUCAAGAGAGAUCCAAUCUCCUUGACAGUUGCCCUCAUGCAGGGAGGAAUCACUGUAGGAGGCAUGGCCGCCGGAAUAGGAACAGGGACUGCAGCCCUUCUCGAAACAGCCCAAUUUAGACAACUGCAAAUGGCCAUGCACACGGACAUUCAGGCCUUAGAGGAGUCAAUUAGUGCCUUAGAAAAAUCCUUGACUUCCCUUUCUGAAGUAGUCUUACAAAACAGGCGAGGACUAGAUAUUCUGUUCCUACAGGAGGGAGGGCUAUGUACAGCAUUAAAAGAAGAAUGUUGUUUUUAUGCAGAUCACACCGGAUUAGUCCGAGAUAAUAUGGCUAAAUUAAGAGAAAGACUAAAACAGCGACAACAACUAUUUGACUCCCAGCAGGGAUGGUUUGAAGGGUGGUUCAACAAGUCCCCCUGGUUCACUACCUUAAUAUCCUCCAUCAUGGGCCCCUUAAUGAUCCUCCUCCUAAUUUUACUCUUCGGACCUUGCAUCCUUAACCAGUUGGUGCAGUUUGUCAAAGAUAGAAUAUCCGUCGUGCAGACUUUAGUGCUAACCCAGCAAUACCAACGCCUGGGGCAAUGCGACUCAGACCAACCGUAUCACCCCAGCUAAAUGUAUGAUUCCAUUUAGGCUCCUAAGAAAAGGGGGAAAUGAAAGACCCCUUCCCCUUGCUUUGACCCCCUGUCAUAAUAUGCUUAGCAAUAGUAACGCCAUUUGCAAGGCAGCACCAGGACGUUCAGGGGUCUUAUCUUAAGUCCACCGUUUAGCUGCCAAACAGGAUAUCUGUGGUCAGCCACCUGGCCCUAAGAUAGGGACGGAAAGUACUGACUCCACCCGAUAAACCCUAGAGAUGAGCCACGUCAGCCACCCAUGUUUGUUCCCCUCAUUCUGGAAAAUCACCCUCAGGAAAAAACCAGCCUCAUUCAAAUGGACCAAUAAGAACCCCGUAACCAUGCUUCUCGCUUCUGUAACCGCGCUUCUGCCACUCCAACCCUAUAAAAGUCUCCCCAGCCCAACAAGAGGCGCGCAAGUCUUUGCUGAGACUUGACCGCCCCGGGUACCCGUGUACCGAAUAAACCUCUUGCUGUUUGCAUCUGA